AUGUGCGCCGGCAAUGAGGAGUGUGUGGCCUGGAGCUUCCAGGCAGCCGAGUCCAUGUGCUUCUUGAAGGGUGCGUUCCCCAGGGGCACGAUAACGAAGGUCUCGAACGAGGACUUCACGUCCGGCAUGCCAACGCAGGUCGGUCGCAGCAUCGAAGCGAUCGAGCGCCCAUCUGGCCAGUCGCUCUACUGCUUCGCGCUGAUGGUGCCCGAUUCCUACGAAGCCGCGCUGUUGGACAUGCAGUACGACGAGGGCAUCAGCCUGUUCGAGUGCGACGAGUACGCCGUGUUCACCAACCAGGACCUGAAGAUCGCCGACAAGGUCGAGACCAUUAGGGUCGACAGCGACCUCAAGUGUAGCAGCGGAGGCGAGUUCGGGACGGCGCUGAACACCGACAUCUUCCUGACCGUGUGGGCCAAGCUGCUGGCCAUGGACAGGUUCAGCCGCCAUGACUGGAUAGUGAAGGUAGACGCCGACUGCGUGUUCUCGCCGCCCCGCCUCAGAAGCGUGCUGGAGGCCCACCGGGACAGCGCGUCGGGCGUCUACCUGAACAACUGCCUGCUGGGCAUGCACGGGCCUCUGGAGGUGUUGUCGAGGAACGCAGUGCUGGCCUUCGCCGCGGGGCGCGCCGCCUGCGCGGCGCGGCUGGCGGAGAGGUGCGGCGGGCCGUGCUCUUGGGGCGAGGACAUGUACGUCGACCAGUGCCUGCAGCUGCUGCGCGUCAGGAGGGAGUACGAGCAGUACCUGCUCCAGGAAGACCACUGCGAGCCCCCGCCGGGCUGGGAUUCCUGCGCGAGUCCGGGCGUCGUUGCGUUCCAUCCUUUCAAGGGCGUCGACGAGUAUAAGGCGUGCGUGUCUGCGAUGGCCUCGUGA